UCUUCGGAACCCUUUGCCCACAGCCUGUUUAAGAGCGGUAUCAGCUGGGGCCGCGUGGUGGCUCUCCUGGGUUUUGGCUACCGCCUGGCCCUGUACGUCUACCAGCGUGGUUUGACCGGCUUCCUGGGCCAGGUGACCUGCUUUUUGGCUGAUAUCAUACUGCACCAUUAUAUUGCCAGAUGGAUUGCGCAGAGAGGCGGCUGGGUGGCAGCCCUGAAUCUGCGCAGAGACCCCAUUGUGAUCGUGAUGACAAUUCUUGGUGUGGUUCUGUUGGGCCAAUACAUGGUACAGAGAUUCUUCAGGUCAUGACUCCCGGGAGCCCUUUGGGGCCCCAGCCUAAACUUCUCCCUAUCCCCCUCCCCUGCAACAAUCCUCUCCUUCCUCCAAGAGCACAGAUGCUUUAGCAAACAGGCCCCCUGCUUUGGAGACCCGCUGCCCAGGGGUCCCCGAGGAGACAUGGAUACCCCAACAUUGCAUGGUGCUACUGAGCCCCGUCCUGUCUGAGCGGGCUGACUGGUGCCUUGGAGACACAAGAGACUGGGUACUGCUUCCCAGGAAGUUUUUAACGGUUUUUGCUUUUUAUACUACCAUUUGAGACACCCCCCACACACACACUGUUCUUCCACAGAACCCCAAGUCAGGCAUUUGGGGACCAGCGGUUCUAACCUUUGUCCCCAGACCUCCUGCUACUUUGGAAGGUCAGAACCUGAGAGGGGGCUUGAGCCCAGACUGGCCCUCCCUACACAGGGCUGGCUGUGAGGGUGCAUGACCUGCUCGGUCCCCCACCCCUGUUUCUUACUUCCCCAGUUCCAUCCCCCAUUCUCCCCUCCCCCUUCCAUCCCCUAUCCCAUUGCAUUUUGCCUUUGUGGCUGGACUCUCAGGGAUCCCGAGCCCACAGUGAGGGUGGAGGUCAGAGUUCAGACCACAGCUGUCUGAAUAUGUUCAUCGAGGCCCUCCAAACCUUUGCCCCUUCCUGGCAUUCUCCAGUUUUCACCCAUCCCCUGACCCAAGGACCACUGCUUCCAACCUAGUGGGCAGGGGAGACCCUCACCUUCUCCCCAGAGCCCCAGGUGAGCCUGCCUUCCAGGGGGGGCCUCCUUGACUUAGGGAAGAGCCUCGGACUCUGUUGUCAGGACAGGGGAAGGGGCAGACUCAUUUGGAGGUCUCAAGCUAAAGAGCUACACCUGCAGGGGCAAUUGUGGAUCUGGGUGCAGUGUGACCCCGGACCUGUGAUACUUGAACCACACUACCACCCGUGCUCCUUGCCUGCCUAGGCCCUUUGGGUGGGGUGGGGGUGUCUUCUCUAUCUUGCACAACAUAGGGGUAAUCCAGGGAGGGGAGGCAGAUGGGUCCCCCACCUCACCUCUAACUGUGUCUGGAAAUAAACUGUGCAAUCCCCCAACACCCCACUUGGCAUUUUUAC